AGCAGCGGAAUGUCAGUGGGCGGAGCGUCAAAUGGCGGCGCGCCGAGUGAAGCGUCAUUCAGCACCGUAGCCUGGAUCUGUAAUAUACGCGUCGGACGCGCCGCUUCUGAUAUGGACGUGUAGCGACGGUUGUAAUCGUUUCUGGUACUGAAGAGGAUGGGAGCAGUGAGUGGUCACUGGAGGAGAUGUCAUUCGGUCGACUCCUGCGACGUGCAUCCUCCAAAGCCUCUGACCUUUUGACGUUUAACGUGGGCACGGGAGGAUCACGGACCGUGCUGGAUGGAGAGAUCAUCUUCUCCAAGAACAAUGUGUGUGUUCACCCGGCCGAGCCCCUGCCCGGACUGCCUGAACAUCACCCAGGAUACCUUUGUGUGCACCUGGAGAAAGAUGAGGCCCUCGGCUCCACCCUCAUCCUCACCUGGGUGCCCAACUCUCGCAUCCAGCGGCAGGACGAGGAGGCACUCCGUUACAUCACGCCUGAAAGCUCACCCGUCCACCGCAACCCCCGCCGCCGAGCCCACCGGAGCCACUCUCGCCCGUCGCCCGCCCCCGAGGAAGAGGAGGAUGAAGAGGGGCCAGAGCCGGCCUCACAGAACCAGCAGCUUUUGGAAGAAGGCGAUGAAGGCUCCUGCGAGCUCUCUGCGGACGAGGUGAGUCGGGACAGCACCCUCGGCUCAGACUCAGACACCUUCUCCUCGCCCUUCUGCCUGUCGCCAGUCAGCGAGGCUCUGGGCGAGAGCAGCAGCUCCAUCUUCCUGGAUAAUGAGAGCAGGGAGUGCGAUGAACCCAUGGCUCACUCUGCAAGCUCGGCCUCCAGUCUGGACAGCCACGCCCCCUCCGAAAGCAGCCAAUCACAGGGGGUUCGGUGGGAGGAGCAGCAGAAGGUCAUGGCAUUAGAGCAAUUAUGUGGGGUGUUCAGAGUUGACCUGGGCCACAUGAGGUCACUGCGUCUCUUCUUCAGCGAUGAAGCCUGCACCUGUGGCCAGCUGGUCAUCGCCAGCAGAGAGAGCCAGUACAAGAUCCUUCACUUCCACCACACGGGGCUGGAUAAACUGGCCGAGGUGUUUCAGCAGUGGAAAUGCUGCAGGGAGACGCAGCUCAAAGACCAGGUGUCGGAUGAGAAGUCAUGCAUGCAGUUUUCUAUCCGUAGACCCACGUUACCGUCUGCCGAGACGCACCCAGAGGAGCGUCUGUAUCGGCGGCUGGACGUCAGCUCUUGGCUUCGGCAUCUCAACAACAGCGGACAGGUGCUGGAGGAGUACAAGCUCAGGAAGGCGAUCUUCUUCGGGGGCAUCGACCCAUCCAUCCGUGGUGAAGUGUGGCCCUUCCUGCUGCACUACUACAGCUAUGAGUCCGCCUCUGAGGAGCGUGAAGCCUGGAGACUGCAGAAGCGUGUGGAGUACCAGGAGAUCCAGCAGAGGAGGUUGUCCAUGAGUCCAGAGCAGCACAGUGAGUUCUGGAGGAAGGUGCAGUUCACUGUUGAUAAAGAUGUUGUCAGAACUGACCGAAGCAACAUGUUCUUUAGAGGAGAGAACAACCCCAAUGUAGAAAUCAUGAGACGUAUCCUGUUGAACUACGCCGUGUUUAACCCAGACAUGGGCUACUGUCAGGGCAUGUCUGACCUGGUGGCUCCUCUUCUGACCGAGAUCCAGGAUGAGAGCGACACGUUCUGGUGCUUCGUGGGUCUCAUGGAGAACACCAUCUUCAUCAGCUCUCCUAGAGAUGAGGAUAUGGAGAGGCAGCUGAUGUACCUGCGUGAGCUCCUGCGGCUGAUGCUGCCUCGCUUCCACCAGCAUCUGACCCGGCUGGGUGAGGACGGCCUUCAGUUGCUGUUUUGCCACCGCUGGGUUCUUCUGUGUUUCAAGCGCGAGUUCCCUGAUGCUGAAGCCCUGCGCAUGUGGGAGGCCUGCUGGGCACAUUAUCAGACGGACUACUUCCACCUGUUCCUGUGUGUCGCCAUCAUCGUGCUGUACGGCGAUGAUGUCACCGAGCAGCAGCUCGCUACAGACCAAAUGCUGCUGCACUUUAGUAACCUCCACACACACAAAUGUAGAGAGCUGGUGCUGAGGAAGGCACGUAGCCUGCUCUAUCAGUUCCGCCUUCUUCCCAGAAUUCCUUGCAGCUUACACGACUUGUGUAAACUGUGCGGGCCCGGAAUGUGGGAUAGCCGUUACAUCCCAGCCAUAGAAUGUUCCGGAGAGCAUCCUGACUCUCAGAGCUGCCCCUAUGGAGGCAGCGCCUCUCCCGAGAGCCCACCCUUACCCAGCCCCAACCAGCCCAACGAGGGCAAGAGGGGCUCCAAGACACGAGACAUUUUCACUUUCCACAAGCACUCCUGACUCGAGCACACCUCAGGAACACCGAUACCCAUAAGGCUUAGCCUCUGAGCCACAUUUCAGGUCUCCAUUGUGUUGUACUCAACCUCUGGUAUGAAUCAUUGCCUUGUGCAUAAAUGGAACCAAUGUUGACAACCUCUUUUGGAGGUUGAGGAGCUUCAUCAACUUGUGUUUCAUCAAUAAUCCACAAGUACAAUUAUCACAAGCAAUCAAGACUAAGUCUUCAUCCACCUUUCAUUAAGUCACAUCUUGUGGACUGACAUCUUGGAAUAUUUUUGCCUUUUUUUUUUUAUAUCGACAAUGUAUGCAUGUGUUAAUGUUUGUGUGUGUGGUUUGUUACCACAGUCGAAGGACAUUUGUGUUUAUUCUCUUUAGUUUGGGUUUGAUCGCAUAUAUUUGUUCCUUCUUAUGUGCAAUUCUAUGAAUCAAACAGUCAGCCAAUAUGAAGUGGGAUACUGUUAUCAGUGGCUCUCUGACAUCAAAACAUUGUUUUAUGAUCAUCUAUGCCUUUCAUAUCCUCACAAUAAAUAUUAUGAUAUAUAGAUGGGAGGAGAUCAUCUUAUCAUGAGUCCUUGAAGAUCUUGAAGUCAAUGUGAAAUCAAAAUUGAUGCUAUAAUCUGACAUUACUUUUUUUUUCAACAUUAUGCCACAGUUUUAUAGGGUUUAUUAUUUAAGGUAAAUACAUUAGAAUGUCAAUAAAUUUCCCAACUGAGCAUUAAUUUAGGCCUACCUAAAUGCUAUUUGCACUUUUGUGUGUUUUUUUGUUGAGAAAUAUUGUGUUUGUGUUGAUGUGGUAAACUCUCAGCUAUAGCAGAAGGUCUUAAUCUUCUUCUCCGGAACAGAAUGAGCUUAAAAACCAAAAACCCAAGAGGGAGUUUGAUUUUAAUUAGUUUAUCUGGCGGCUGAAUGGUUGAAAGAGAGCGCGCGCUCUCAGAGAUUAGACACCGUGCUUGAGUGCGCGUGAACGUGAGGGUGCCUGGCGUCUUCGUGGAUCCCCAGAGCCUCUUUAAAAAGCUGAUAUCGGCAAAUUGCUGUCAAAAGGUAACAUUAGACUCUCUAGAUGCAGUCUCCGUCAGUGACAUCAUUAUGGUUUUCGCUUAGCCAUUAGGCGAACAGGCUGCGCCUCUCACGAGUCCCAGAGAGCACUGAGGCACGGCCGAGGGAUCUAAAGAGAGUAACGGGAUGAUGACAUGCUUGUGAAAUAAUUAGAGGACGUGCAUGAGGGUGCUGAGCCACUUUCCAUUCACGUUAUCUGCCUGCUGCUUUACGUGAUGUUUUUAUGCAUCAAAGCUUUUGCUGAUUACGCAGUCGUUUUAUAUUUACUGUUGAUAGUCUAAUGUCAGGGGCAAUAUCUGCUCACUCCUCUACUGUUUUAGCAACACCAAUUUACGAAAAUAUAGGAUGUUUGCAUGCUCGAGUCAAUUAAGCAGAGUCUUGUUGUUAUCGAACCACACAGAACUCAUUUUGCAUUUAAAGACAAGACACACAAGGCGGUGGAAUGUCUCGAGACACGCCAUUAGUGUAUUCUAUAUCCACCUUUUUCUUGUCGUAUAAAUGGGAGCGGCCAUUUAUUAAUUCUGUGGGUCUGGCUUCCGGUCUCAUCUCCGGCCACUCCGUCCAGAUAUUUUUAGCUGAACAAAACAGUUCGUUUUGCUACUUGAUAUUGAAAGGUGGUGUGUCUUAUCAUAUUAUUUUAAUGUAUUAUCUUAA